CCGGAGGCUGGGCUUCACAGAUACUGGCAGCAGCUCCUCUGAAAUGAUCCACUUUUGAAGGCAGUCAUUCCAGGAGAGCCUGGUCCUACCUCCUUCUCUUCCUUCCGCUCUCACCUCCUCUUUCUCCUCCUCCCGUUCGUAAUUCCUCCCUCUCCUGUCCAUUCUGUCAGAACUCUGUCCGCCUGCCACGGUACAACUACCCCCCUUGUCUGACAAGCCUCAUGGUCGUUGCUCUGCCAUGAGCAGCAGCAGGGACUGCAGCUCCACUACAAGAUUACAGCAGCACAGCAUCAACCGCACAGACAGACAUCAACCGCACAGAGAGACAUCAACCGCACAGACAAAAAUCAGUGGCUGAGGCCAAGGACAAAUAGUCGCCACUUUGCUCCCCAAACCAGGCACACGAAUCGACACGCAAACUGAGGUGAAGAGGAAAUUCAGCAACUCUUGGGAGGAUACAGAAACAGAGGAACUAGCCCCACAGACUACACUUGGACACUACGGGGGGCUCCACAGCCUUCCAGAUUGAGAUACUUGGGCACUGUUCUCAUGAUUGCAGCCUCAGCAGCGGGGAGCUGGCUGGCUCUGGAUUCAGCUAACUGGGUUCUCAAGGAACAACAGCUAAUGGAAUUCGCUUGUGCCGAAAUCAACUAGCCUGCAUUCAACAACUGACGAUCAUCACGCCUGAGGCUGGUCUCUCCCCACGUCCACCUCGAUUUGGCCUUUGUCCAGGCGUCAACUAGCACUCACCGACUUAACCGGUGCCAACACACGUAUGUGCACACCCACUGGCAAAAUCUCUCAGAGGAGGAACGUUCUGUUUUGCAUUGUGUGACUGGAUGAACAUAAGAUGGACAGAACAGCGACAAUAUUAAGAAGAGACCGAUGCACCAUGGAACGCGGGCCAAGACGCCACACAAAAGCCCACUGGAGCCUGCACUGAGGAAUUAUCUGCUGUCAGAACCCGUGCCUGUGCUUGGCGACCGGGGGGAGAGAGGAAGCCCGGCUCCGGCCGCAGCAAGAGGUGAGACGGGGGGUGCGGGGGGGUUUGGUGGCUCCGCAACCCCGGCGAUGGCUUCCUCCGCCAUGCAGAUCCUCGCCUUCGCCCUGGCGCUGCUCGGCGUCCUGGGUGCCACCGUGGCCACGCUGCUGCCCAACUGGAAGGUGAGCGCGGACGUGGGCUCCAACAUCAUGACGGCCAUCUCACAGAUGCAGGGCCUGUGGAUGGACUGCACCUGGUACAGCACUGGCGUGUUCAGCUGCACCCUGAAGUACUCGGUGCUGUCGCUGCCCGCCUACCUGCAGACGGCCCGCACCACCAUGGUGCUGUCCUGCAUGACGGCCUGCCUGGGCCUCUGCCUCGCCGCCCUGGGGCUCAAGUGCACCCGCUGGGGGGGAAGCCGUCGGGCGAAGGGCCAUGCCGCCACCGCCGCGGGCGUCUGCUUCAUCGCGGCGGGCGUACUCUGCCUGGUGCCCGCCUCCUGGUUCACCAAUGAGGUCAUCACCACCUUCCUGGACACCAAGGUCCCCGAGAGCAGCAAGUACGAGCCAGGGGGGGCCGUGUACGCCACCUUCGUCUCCGCCGGCUUCCUGCUGGCCAGCGGGGUCAUCUUUUGUCUGUCCUGCGCCGGGAGAAGGAAGCGGCAGUUGGACUUCACCUCCACCUCCACCUCCACCUCCUUCCCUGACAAACUACUGCAGCAGCAGAUUGACAAGGAGCGGCUACAGCGCGACGAGCUACAGCGUGACCUGAUACAGCGCGGCGAGCUACAGCGUGACCUGACACAGCGCGAGCAACUGCAACAGAAGCAGAAGGACUUUGAACAGCAGACGUCACCCAACGAGCAGUCGAGCCGUGAGCAGCUACUCUGGAGUAACAAAGGGCCUCAGGACAAGGUCCAAGUGGUGGACGACGUCCAGCAGGAGAAGCCGCUACACGAGGACAAGGCAACGCAACAGUUCUACUCCCCGUCCAGAGUCCCCCCAAAAGACGCCCGGGCUGGCUACAGCCUGAAAGACUAUGUCUAACACGUUCUUCCCGUAGAACCUGCUCCAGUGAAGCGGGGCAUAUGGGCAGAAUCGCCGAGGACAUUCCACUAGCUGCCUUUGUGAGAGGGAGAGUGGAGGAGGGGAGGAAGGUAAUGACUUUGACAGCCUUAUCGCCCCCUCUCAUCUGUUCUUUCUCGCUACCGCAAGCACAAGCAGUAAAGGUACUCCUGAACACAGCCCCCGGAUCCAGACUCUGCCUCCCCAACUACUGCGGUGGUGAUGGGGGAGACCGGUGCAGGGCAGCAGGGCAUUAGGGUGGAGGAGACGUGUUGUAAAAUGCGCCGGAGUAGCACAAGUGCAGUAGAUCCAGUGGCAGGUUCCUUUAAAACUGAUGUGGCGGUUUUUCCAUACCAAAGGUUUCAAUGAGUACAGGAAAAGUGCUGCGGACGAUUAGCUGCUAAUAUUACGAAAUCAGAACUUUUGCAUGGCAGGCCGCUGUGAGGGUUCAAGCAGGGAAGACGUAAAAGCCAUUCUUUGCAAGCUUUCUGCCUUGAGAGAUUCUACCAUAUUUUUUAAAACUAAACAGACUGAUUGAUAUUCAGUCUCCUUCACAUGCUAUCUAACUGUAUUUUUUUUUAAAUAAUGCAGUGGAAUGCAAAGUAGUUAGAGAAACAUAGCCGCCAAAGCUCGUGCCUAAAAUUAAUGUGAGGGGGAAAUGAAACCGUCCGUAAAGGACAAUUAAGGGAAGAUUCGAGAAGUGAAAAGCGUUUCAGAUUCCCACCAACAUGACAGACAAACAUCCAGUCCAUCUUUUCCUGCGUGUGCUGAAGGAGGAUGAGGUGCGCGGCAGCGCCGGCUGUCAGAGAUAAUGAUCCUCUUUGCUUUCCCAUUACCCUCUUGCUACGGCUGGACGCACACCGCUCAUUUACUGCACACGCUCACACAGCCCUCCCCACACACACACACACACACACACCCAUACACAGCCCUCCGCACACACA